GAGAGAGACGGAGGGACGAGUGGAGACAGAAAAUGAGCGUGUCUGCUUGAAGGCUAUUUCAGUGCACGAGUUAAGGUGUGUGUGUGUGUGUGUUUGCGCAUGAGGGAGAGUGGUUUAUGGAAGGGGGUGUGUUUAUGGGAAAUAGAAAUUUUGUGUGUGUGUGUAAGUGUGCGCGCUUGUGUGUAUGUGCGUGUUUACACAGACGGGAAUACUGCGCCAAAGGAAGUGCGCCGGUUCCCCGUCUGCGCGUCCCGACUUCCUGCUCUGAGGCAGGAGAGAGAAAAGCUACGGAUCCGCUUUCAGACAGCAGCAGCAGCAGCAUGGAGCCCCAACACAAGACACACACACCACUUUAAACACGAACAGACACAUCACGCAGGGCAGACGGACAGAGGAGCGACAGCCGACCUCAGUAGGAUUGCCUGUGUCUCUGGUGUCAUCUCGUCAUGGAGAGUUCCAUCACACUCUGGCAGUUCCUGCUGCAGCUGCUGCUUGACCAAAGUCACAAACAUCUUAUCUGCUGGACGUCCAACGAUGGCGAGUUCAAGCUGCUUAAGUCAGAGGAAGUGGCCAAGCUCUGGGGGCUGCGCAAGAACAAGACCAACAUGAACUAUGACAAGCUGAGUAGAGCCCUGCGCUACUACUACGACAAAAACAUCAUCAAGAAGGUGAUCGGCCAAAAGUUUGUUUACAAGUUUGUGUCAUUCCCCGAGAUUCUGAAGAUGGACCCUGCGGCGGUGGAGUCAGGCCGCAGCAGUGAGGAAAGUGGGGGUGCAACAUCAGAACCUGAAGCUGAAGACGAAGAUGGGUGUGGGAGAAACCAAUACCUCCACUCCGGCCUGUACUCCUCCUUCACCGUCAGUUCCCUGCAACACUCCUUAGAACCGCACCAACAGAUCAAGAUGGAGCCCCGAUCAGAUCGCCAUGACGACAGCUCCUCUGUCAUCCGAUUUAUAACCAACCGUGGUCACUCGUCCCUACCAUCCACCCCACCUCCAUCCUCAGCUGAGACCUCCCACUCCUCCAGGCCAUCUUCUCAGCAGGCCCGCUCAUCCUCCUGCUCUUCCUCCCCGCCACAAAGCCCCGCCCACACACUGUGGAGAGGGCGGGGUCAGAGCACAGAGACUUGUGAGGUAGAGCAGAACACUCAACCUCUAAACCUGUCAUCUGGUCAGAGGGAGAGAGUGAGGUCACAGACCACAACAACACCAGAAAGAAAGGGAUUAGUCAAUGGUGUGCCUUUGAAAAGCAGAAAACCCAAAGGCUUGGAAAUCUCUGCCUCUUCACUCCUCCUGACAGGAAGUGACCUUGUCUCCAUUGCUCUCAACAGCCCGGCGCUGCCUUCAGGGUCCCUGACCCCCGCCUUCCUUACCGCACAGACUCCGUCUGGUCUGCUGCUCACUCCCAGUCCUCUACUCUCCAGUAUCCAUUUCUGGUCCAACCUCAGUCCAGUGGGACCCCUCAGCCCAGCCCAACUGCAGAGCCAUGCCCCCCUCUUUCAGUUCCCCACACUGCUGAAUGGACCCAUCCCCGUGCCUUUACCCAACAUGGACGCUCCCUCUCCUCUUCUGCUGUCCUCCAGCACCCACAAGUCCUGAUACCAUCCCGAAUUUUAUCAGCAAACUGGGCCAAACCAGGCCGAACUAGGCCAGACCAGUGCAGAUAAGGACAGAGCCUUAAACUUUGAUGGUGAACCACAUGAAAGCUGGACUUCCUCUGAGUCCAGUUACUCUUCUGAUCUGAAACCUGUUCCUUUGCAUUUAUUAUAAGAAGAAACAGGAGCUUCACUUUGAAGCUUUGCUCUCUGAGAGGAGUGUAUGCAUUAGACAUUUAUUUUUGCGUUUAAAACAUGCCAGUGUUCUUGACAUUUGUGCUUGGUGUUUUCCUCUUUUCAGGAUGCUCCUUAAUUUCUUUUCAUGAAAGGAAACUGACAGGAGGUCGCUAUUGUCUGCUUAUUUUACAUCUCAUCUCAUUAAGCUUGGUUUAAAUUUUAACAAUACGGACUGCUGCAAUAUCAUGAAUGCCCUCCCCCUUUGCCCAGGCUAAUGUCAAUAUCCACACCAAUGACUCAAACAAUCUGGGAAAGGAAAGUCCUCAUCAGGAAGACCUCACUGAGUCCAUAGACUGUGCAAGUGUAAUCUAGAAUGUAAGUCACAUUACUUAAUAAAACCAAAUGCAGCUUCGAGUAAAUAACUUUUCAUGUUGAUACCAUAUACUAUAAAGAAAUAUACUUAUUUGUCUUCCUACCAAGUUAGCCUCAGAUGACAAAAUUAACAUAUCUGUGAGCUAUGAAGCUAUAGCCAGAAGCUAUGUAGCUUAGCAUAAGGGUGAUAUCAGCUUCCUAAACUUACUCUCUGCAAGUUCUCAGCUUGAAGAUUCAAUACUAUAAGGUUACACAUGUUAGUAACUUAGCCAAAAGAGCUAACAGUGGGUGCUAAGUCUACCUUUAAACAGACCAUAUCUUCAAAUAUGAGUCAGUUUGGGUGGUAUGAAAAGUACGAUGAGUGAUGCAGGGUAACUGUCUCAGGAUCGUUUUUAUUGUUACAUUUGAUACAAAUUUCCUCAGAUCUAAACUGUUUCAGCUGAGUGUGGCCACAUUUAAUGACUCCCUCACCGACACCUAGCAGAGCAACUGCUAGCCGGCGUGCUAAAAUGCUGUAAUAUCUUCAUUUUGUUCUCUGUAUGUAUUGCUUUGACUUGACGCUGUGAAAUUUUUAAAUUUCUGUACAGUUUCAUGCUUCUUUUUUCUUUUUAAAUGCACUGUACUUUUAAGCCUUGUACCAGCUGUGCCUUAAUAUUAUAAGACUUGUGUAAAUGUAUUAAACUUUAAACCAGGUUUUAAUAGACAUUCAAGGUCAAAAUUGCACAAAAACUUGUUGUUUUUGUAAAAUAGCUUCUGGUUAUUUUUAUAGAGAAAUUAAUGGAAAUGUACUCUCAGUGAUUUGCUUGUAUUUUGCUGUUUUGUUAAGAGAAUUGUUAGUUUUUUUGGAAUAAAAUGAAUUACUUUUCAGAA